UGUUAGCUGUCAGUGUUUGUUUUCAAGCUGCAUCAACCUGUAUUUUUGUGUGCAUUGUGCAUGCAUCAAAACAAACCCCAAAAUUAAUUUAUAUUGCAAAAGAGUGUGUACAAAAUGGAACCUGGUGAUGACUACAAUAAAUCAUUUAAUGCAGGAGAUCGCCUUAUAUUGGAACUAACAAAUGGGGACAUCUUUGAAGGAUUAUACUCGGGUGGAGGAAAACAUUUCAUUGAACUCACUGAUGUUGUUCAGCACAACAAUAACAAUACUCUCAAUGGGAUCUAUGCUUUUCACAGGGGUGAAAUUGCGAAGAUACAUAGAUUAAAGGGGCCUGCUUCAAAACAGACUAAACCUGACUGCCCUUUGAAUACCAAUGGGUGUAAAACUAUUAAAGUGUGUGAAAAUGACUAUUUUCGCUUGAAAGAGCUUUCCAGUAGCUACAUAUAUAUUGAAAAUCCUGAUAAGAGAUAUUUUCAGGCUAUCGAGGUGCUUGAGAAUUCUGAAACGAUAGGAGUAGUAAGCUUAGGAGCAGAGAUGCACAGGUCUCAAGGUAGCUUACAACUUCUCGUUCUCUCCACUUGGAAUCAAAUUUAUAUUUUCGAUCUGGCACAUCUGGAGAAAAAACAACUUUAUCCAGAACUAAAACAUAUAUUUGAGUCCGAAUAUAUCUGCAAAGUGAUACACAAAAGUGCUGGAUUAGUAGACAAACUUUAUAGAGAAUAUAACAUUUAUGUUCAAAACACUUUUGACACACAAAUCGUGGAUUUAAUGCUACAGAAGAGAGAAUCCGGAAACUGUCCGUCAUUUGAAAGAAGCAUUUCUGAAUGUUUAGUGCACUACCUGAAUUUUCCCAGUUCAAUACUUGAAAAAGCUUUGGAAGUUCCUAAUAAAUCUUGGUGUGAAAGGCCCUUGAGUGAGAAAAUGAAAGUGUUGGCCUCACAACAUGUGACUUAUCUAAUAUUGUUAAAAGAACAGUUUCAAAAGCUAUUACUAAAAGAUGUAUAUGACACCAUUAAUAAAGUGCAGGAUCACGUUUAUGACAUGGAUGAUUUCAACUAUUUAAAUUUUAUUGCUUCUCGCAAUGUGAAAAAGGACAUUCAAGACUUGAUACCUAAUUUACAAAGAAUGACUGUUGGCGAGAAUAGUGUUAAAAAGGAAAACUAAUCUGUGAUACUAGACUGUGAUCUGGAUCAUGAUUAUCUAGCCACUGUCUAGUCGUGGUGCUCUGUCCUGUGGAAAAUGCAGUAAAUCGAGAACAAGAUCUCCAUUUUGGUUUUUUCAAUUCUGUUAAUACUAAAGGCCUAACAAUUCAGUAAAAAUUUCUCUAUUUAGAUAUCAAUGGUCCAAUGAUUUUAUUUUGGGGAUAUAAUAUACCAUUUCAUUCACUCACAUUGAUUAAAACAAAUUUUGUAAAUUGUUCUUUCUUUAACCAUGGUCUUGUUAGUAAUUUGUAUUAAAUGAUGUACUUAUUGCUGACUUUGCACUGAUAUGGAUAUGGUGUUUUUAUAUGGAGUGUGAUACUUUUCACUAAACUUAUAUGUUAUUCAUUAUAUAUUUCCGUAAUUCCGUUUAUAAAUAAAUAAACAGAAAUAAAUUA